AUGUGGUUUCGUCUCUCCUCCUUAGUGGCGGCCGCCCUGGCCUUCACAGACAUCGUCAGUGCGGCCUGCGGUGACGGCAGCGCCAACGCUGUUGUCAGCGGCUCUGGCACCUUUCAGACCAAUGUCAACGGUGCCCAGGUCUACAGAGGCUCCGACUACCGCUUAGCCAUUCAGACGGCCCUUGAUCGCACGAGCAGCGGCCAGCGCGUCGUCGUCUGGUCAUCAGGCAACCUCGGCGCGAACACUAUCACUGUCCCGGCUGGGCGCACCUUUGAGGUUUGCGGUACCAUCAACGCCGGUUACCGCGGCGGUCGCGGCGCAAUCGAAAUCCAGAAUGUCAAUGACGUUAAGGUCCCCUAUCUCAAGAUGACAGGCAACCCGUACUUUGGCCUACGUAUCUCUGGCACCCGAAACCUCAACCUCGGGGAGGUCACAAUGAACCUCAGCGGUGGCUUGGGCAUCCGCUUCGAUCGUGACGCCGCCUACAACUACAAUGUCAGGAUGGGCACCAUCCGCGUGACCGGCGCAGGCGCUCACGCUGUCGAGGUUUGGAACAUUGACGGUCUGAACAUCAACGCUGUGUACGCCACCAACGUUGGCGAGUGCGGGCUGCUUAUCCAAAACUCUAUCAACGUCUGGGUCGGCCUCGUCGAGGGCUAUAACGUUGCUGCCGGCACUGGCUACGCCACUCUCCGCUUCGCCAACAACAACGGCCAGCUCGACAACGGUGAGUACACCACCACCAACGUCUGGGUCGAUCGCGUCGUCUCUCGCGGCGGUGGGCGCGGUAUCUUCUGUGUCUCCAUGUCCGGCGCCGCAGAGAUCAAGUAUAUUGACCUCGCAAACAACGGCAACAAUGCCGUGCUCAUCGAGAACUGCUACAACCUCGCUAUCCGCGACGGUGUCAUCAACGGCGGGGGUGAGGUUCGCGUUGCAGCCCGCAGCGAGUUUCCGAACACCAGCGGCAUUUUCUUUGAGGUUGAAGUGAAUAAUAACUCUGUACGCGAAUCUCCAUGUGCGGAAAAUAUAUUUUGGGCUAUUACUGGCAACGCUGCGAGGAACGUCUGCUAG